CGGACAUUGAGCCCAAAGUUUGAGCUCAAUAUGACAGGAAGGCAGGAGGAUACAGCCCUGCCUUGAGAGAUUCUGACGUAUAUUUAUGUCUGGAAGUCUAAAAAAUAUAGUAACUCUCCAACUCGAAACAUAUCUCACUUUCACUCUCACGACCAGAAUGGAGGACGACAACAGAACGGAGACUGGGUUGGAGCAGAAAAGUGCAAAAACAACAAAUGAUGAGAAAAGAAAGGCCAAGAGGAAAACUGUUGACGAUUCACAUGUUGUGAGGAAGAGAGUACCCGACAAGGUUUCCCAAAGAAAUAAGGAUGUUUAUGUCAACAACAAUACUGAUUUCAAGGCUUUGCUGAAGAAGUGUGAAAAAGUUCUUGCUUCCGAGGCCAAAGAAGUUAUAUUGCAUGGACUAGGAGGAGCUAUUAUUAAAACGUGCAACUUGGCUCUGAAACUUCAAAGAAUUCAUCAUGGCACGCUUCAGUUGUAUGUAAAAACUUCGAGUGUUGCUUUGACAGAUGAUCUCGAGCCAAAAACUGAUGAUGCUGACUAUGAAGUAAACAACAGAUGUAACUCAGCCAUACACAUUCGAGUAUUCCGAACAGCUCUUAUUGGAGCUCUUAGAUUUUAAAUGCGAUUUUCAAUACAA